CUCUCGUUUCCCUGGUGCUCGCUGAUUGGUGAACGAGACCCCUCAAGCGUUCUCUCCACUCUCCUACUGGCUGCUCUUUCCCGCCUCUGCUGCCCGCAGGCUGCUCGUGCCGAGGAGCCACAGCCCCCUGAGGGCCGCGAUGGCGGCGGGCGGCGGCUCCCUCUUGGGCAGCGCCUCGACGUGGCCCUUGAAGCGCUACGGUCGCUUCCUGCCCCCGACGGACAGCGACGAGGAGCAAACCGCUUCCUCCUGGCAGGUUUUUGAAUCAAAUGAAGAAUCUGGUCAUCUUAUCCUUACCAUUGUUGUAUCUGGCCAUUUCUUUAUCUCCCAAGGGAGAACAGUACUGUGCCUGAAACUUAUGCACCAGGUUUUUGAGAUGAUAUUCACAACUCUACCUUGGGAAGGCUUUUCAUUAAUUGAUUGCCACAAAUGGUUAAAGAUAGUAAGAAGAGCAGACUGCCUGCUGCUCUGUGCAAAGUCAAAGAAUGAAUGCCGCAUGUUUAGAGUUCAGUUUGGUGGAGAUUCAAAACAACAGAUGUUAGAACACUGCUGCAACUGUGUUCAGAAACUUGCGGAGUACGUACCGGUUCAAGUAACCGAUGAACAAAGCCAGAACCUUUGCCACAGUCUCAGUGGUGCAAGUCAAGUGGAAGAUGCUGAACAAGUACUACAUGUACCAGAUGAGCCUCUACCAGAUUCCUACACAAGCCUUGGAGAAAGAAGAUCUGUAACACAGCUAGCACAGUCUGUGCUGAAACAGAAGUUUGAGCUCCCCCUUGUGUACCGGCAUUCAGUGUGGAGCGCACAAGAGCUGGGGCCCUUCAUUCGCUUAUGUCUUAUGGAUCAGAAUUUCCCAGCUUUUGUGGAAGAUGUGGAGAAAGAACUGAAAAAACUCGCAGAAGGCUGAGCAAUAUUUAACUUACUACCAUUGGAAUAUCUGCUCCAGGAUACACAGUACUCAGGAUAUACAAGCUUAAAUGCAAUUAAAUAUUUGAAAGUCUCACAUGUUUUUGUCAGUGUUUUAUUUUUAAAAACAGGUGAAUCCACUUUUUAUACAUCAUUGCACUUCAACAAAUACACAGAACACAAGUUCAUGCAUCUACAGUUACGCACAUCAUGAGAACCCUGUUAGGUCUAUUUCUACAAUCUUUGAAUCAUGAGAAAUUACAGUGUCAAACUAAAGAUUAGAACUAGUUGCAUAGAAUAUCACCAUGCUGUAACAUUUUAUCAUUUAAACAAAAAAGAAAAUUAUAAAAGUUUGCCUGAAUUGAAUGUACAAGAAUAUGUUGAACACAUCAGUGCAAAAGGAUUUGAGAAUUUACAUGAGUUAACAAAAAAAUCACUUAAAAAGCAAUCAUAUAUAUAUAUUUAUAAACUGAAGUUUUGUUUUUGUUUCAACUGCAUUUCUCCACCAUCACCACCUUGUCAAACCGUUCCAGCUUUUGAAGUCUGAUUAUAGGACACUCAAGUCUUUCUAUAUAGGUUAAGCCCUUAAGAUAAUUUCAAUUUAUAUUACUUCUCUAAGUACCAGAACAGCAUAAUUCUCUCAUCUUUCAGACAUACAGUAAGGAAUGAACAUCAGCAGCUUAAAAAUGAAACACAAUUACUGUAUUUUGGUUUUCCCCUCCCCCAAAUAUAAAUAUAUACUGUAUAUAUUUUUAAGUUUUGCUGUACUUUACAAAAAGUAUCACUAGAUGGCAGCAGUGCGCUUUAGAGCUUUGCCAAUUUAACAGCUACAGUAAGUAAAAAAUGGUGCAUGCGUGAUCCGACUUACUACUUCUAAUGUUUAAAUAUAUUAAG